UUUCAUAGUUAUGUAUUAUUCACACAGUAUUUGUUUCGUACCAAAAGCGUUAAUACUUGAUAACACCAUUACAAACUGAGCCGAGGAUUGCCCAGAAUCGGUUGGCCAAAUGGUAUUAUGUUAAUUCCGUGUCACGCAAGAACUGCCCAGAAGUCAGUCCGGGCGCUUUGCGACAACGACCGUUGUUCAAUAAACAAAGUUAAGCAGACGACCGACAUUGCUGCAGGUAUGUUGUUGGCCCAGCCACUGUGGACUGUACCCGAAUUAACUGGGAAGUAUGAAUGAAGAAAGAGACAUUAACCAGCUGAAGUCAAGACCAAAGAAGCCGAAAAAGAAGGAUGAAAAAGUUAAAAAGAAAGACAGUUCGGUUGAAACCGACAUAAGGAAGGUGUAUGGAGCUUCCCAGAAAGCGGUCAGCCCUCGAUCUAGGGACGAAGUGGAUCAUCCAACAAAUGUGGAAAAUGUGACAAAUGUGAAAAAAAUGACAAGUGUGGAAAAUGUGACGAAAGUGGAUAGUGUGACGGUUGUGACACGCGGGGAAAAUGAGGCAAAGCCAAUCGAGCUGAAGAACAGCAGACUGGAUGAAAUCUGUGCCCAGGUGAAACAAAACAUCGCUAAGGGAGACUUUCUGGAGAAACUAGAGGAAACCUUGAUGCAGGAUGGGAAGGAAGAAGAGGCUGUCUCGGCGUGUAGACAGAUGUUCAAAGAAGAGAUGGUCCGUCUGCGAACGGAAGUGGAAGAGUUCAAAGAGUUAUGUGUACAACAGGUGGAUAUUCAGAAAAAUAUGGUGGAGAAACACCGAGGAAACUGCGAAAAGGAUUUAAUAUCCUUCACUUCACGGAAUGGCGUCAAGAAGGCGGAGGAGGUUGACCCUCAGCUGCAGGAACAGUUGAAGCUGCUGGAGUCGAGUAUGGAGUUCUUCCAGCACAAACAGAAGAUCCUGGACGAGGAGAUGGAUCUACUCAACAGGGAGGAGGCUCUGGCCAGGAAACAGAAGGAUCUCGAGGAGUACGAGAAAGAGAUUAUUGAGGUUGAGGCGAUGCUGAAUCAACGUCAGGCCAUCAGCAGCAGACGACAGAAACACCUGGCCACUCUGGACGAGGAGCUCUUCUCGUUACGCCGUGAGCUGGAAGAGACAAAGGAACAGAUUAGCCAAGACCAGACGACAGGGGCCACCACGUCUGAAAAGGCGCAGAAGAACUGGGAAAUAGUGAGAAGGAAUCUGAUUGACAAGCAACAUCUGCUGGAAUUAACCGUCCAGAGAUACAGAUCAGAACUGGCUUCAGCGUCCUCCAACAUUGCUGGCAAGGAGAUCAUCAUCGCCAAGAUGACUCACCAGUUGGGAGAAAAAGAGGACCUCAUUGAGGCGAAAGACCGAAAGAUCAAACAGCUGGAAUCCAAACUGGCCAUUGCUCUGAACGAAACCAGGCUGAUGGAAGAUCACCUUCAGAGGGUUCUCCGGGAAAACAGUGACAGUGUAGGCGACAACAGCCGCCUCAGUUUGGGGUCUUCUAGAACGUCCCAGGAACCAGUCCACAUGCGGGGUCACUUCACACCCGAUGGCUACCACGGCUCGGGUCGUCGCAGCUCGGUGUAUUCUAAGAGAAAGAGCGUGGACCUGUCGGCAUCGCUGCCUGCAGAUCACUUCAGGUCACCUCUGAAUAAGGGCAACUCGAGGUUUACGUUGCUGACAGACGGUCGUGACAAUGGACAAAAACCUUCGAACGGAACGCUUUCUCCAGAAACAAACUCUUAUAAAGGCGAAAACUUGAACGCUUUGAUAAUCCGCAGACGGUCGACGCGAGCCAAUAGCGUGGCGGGUGACGUGUCCAAACUGACGCUUAGGACACCCAGGGACAAUGACAAUGAGGAUUUUAACAAAAGUGGCGCAUGCGCAAUAAUGUGAUAUGUAAAGUUAUUUUAUGGACAAAAACAAAUAAAAAUAUGUUUGUGAAGCGUGGAUAUUUAACAAAUUCAAAUAUCUCAUGCAUAUUUAAUGUUUUGAUCUACUGCUCAAAUGGAAAAUGAGUCGUGAGUGGCAGUCCUAAAUUGGGGAAUAGCAGUCCUCUUAAAGUCAAACCAGUUGACACGACCUUGUGAAAACUUCUUUUUGGCUCCAGCCUGAGCAGAGAUUUGGUAAUACGGAUUAGUACCAUUGUGCCUACAUCCCAUUUUGCCUACAGCUUAUAACAACAUAAUUAGGGUCCUUAAUUGGGGAUUAAUUGCUUGAGUGAUUAUGACGUUCUACCUGUAUCACCUGCCUAUAUGUAAUAGUCUGGUCCAAUAUUUUAGAUCGAUAAACAAAACAGAAGCAAACAUGUUUUAUACAUUUCUUUAUUUUAUUUUAUUUCACUUUUUCAGUUAUAUUAUGUUCAAUGUAUAGCAGUUCACACAGUUCCCACAGAUCAAUGUUCACACUAUUUCAGUUUAGCUUCAUCAAAUGUAACAAUAACCCAAUAAUAACUGUUAACAAGCUUAAUUAAGAUAAUCGAUCAUCAUUAAUGUAAUGUAAUGUGUAAUAUAAAUGUUCAUUUCAUUACUGGCCCCGGUUCGUAGGGGUUCGAAUCCCGGUACCGGCUCCAACCCAGAGCUGAGGUGUGUGCCCAGGACAGCGUGCUUGAACCUUAAUUGGAUAAUUUCAUUUUAAUAUAGGACCAUUGCACUAUACUGUGGGGGUGCAUUUUAACGUCCCAAUCUGCCUACAGACCCAGUGUAGACAAACUGGGCUGUAGGCAAAAUGGGAUGUAGGCACAAUGGGAUGCACCCGGUAAUACGUCUUGCUCUAGAGCACAAUUGAGUAACGGUAAUAGUCACCUAAACUAUUAUUAAUAGCAAGGUAUCGUUUAUAAACAUUUCCCUCAGACAGGAAAGCAUAUGCCACAUCUUUUGAUACACCAAAUGUGGAGCACAUGUUGAAAUGGAAACACCCUAGAGGUCCACUAAGAUGGGUUAGCUCAAUAAUCUGCCACGCCCCAUGAAAUACAAACAAAUAUCAAGUCUUGGCAAUACGAUAUUUUCCGAACAAAUAUAUGUGCCAAAUAACUUUAUGAAUAUAAUGCACACUUAGUUAACAGGACUGUGUUCGACAAUAUUACACCCAAGAGACAAAUGGUUUGUGAGAAACCAUGCUUAGCUGCAAAGUGUAGGCCUAUUUAUUUACAUAACUCUUUAAAUCACAAAAGAGAACCGUGUAAAUAUGAAAUGAAGACAGUUUGAAUAUAUACACUGCGACAGUACUGAUAUUGUUGAACUAUUGACCAUACAGCAAUUGUAUACACUGCGACAGUACUGAUAUUGUUGAACUAUUGACCAUACAACAAUUGUAUACACUGCGACAGUACUGAUAUUGUUGAAUUACUGGCCAUACAACAAUUGUAUACACUGCGACAGUACUGAUAUUGUUGAAUUAUUGACCAUACAACAAUUGUAUACACUGCGACAGUACUGAUAUUGUUGAACUAUUGACCAUACAACAAUUGUAUACACUGCGACAGUACUGAUAUUGUUGAAUUACUGGCCAUACAACAAUUGUAUACACUGCGACAGUACUGAUAUUGUUGAAUUACUGGCCAUACAACAAUUGUAUACACUGCGACAGUACUGAUAUUGUUGAACUAUUGACCAUACAACAAUUGUAUACACUGCGACAGUACUGAUAUUGUUGAAUUAUUGACCAUACAACAAUUGUAUACACUGCGACAGUAAUGAUAUUGUUGAAUUAUUGACCAUACAACAAUUGUAUACACUGCGACAGUAAUGAUAUUGUUGAAUUAUUGACCAUACAACAAUUGUAUACACUGCGACAGUAAUGAUAUUGUUGAAUUAUUGACCAUACAACAAUUGUAAAUACAUUUCUUCUUCUUUUAUGAAAACAGUUGUAUCGGAAGUGUACAAACUAAUA